AUGUUCGAGUCAGUUCCAUUACUUUCGCAUUUUCUUAAAGAAACGGAAUCGGAUGAGCAUUCCAUAGACUUGUCUUCGUCAUAUCGGACAGAUCUCCAGAGCUCGCGCAGCUCCACGCCGCUCUGGUCCUUCAUCGGUUUACAGAUUGCACGAUUUGGCCGCCGAUGUCAAGCGGGGUUCCGAUAUCAGAACGUAUUAUACAUCAAGCAGAGCCCCAUAUCGCGUCGAUCGCGCGUUUGCUGCCUCUUGUUUAAGGCCCUAAAGAUUACGCUUUCUUUCGGUAUCUUAUUCGUCUUGGUCUCGGCCAUCGAAGCAAUUCUGUAUCCAUCUUAUCAGAAUCCGCCGAAGCACUACACCGAACUACACCAAAGGAUUGUCAAGGCUUCCUGGUCUGGUCGGGGCAAUGUGAAUCACGAAAAGGUGUUUAUUGCGGCAAAUAUCAUCAAUGAAAAAUUAAUUCGAGGCCCGUGGGGCCAGGCGUUGAUGGAAUUAGUGGAGAUCUUGGGGGAAGAGAAUGUGUUUAUCAGCAUUUAUGAAAAUGAUAGUGGGGAGGGCACAAGCGCUGCGCUCAACGGCCUGCGGGAUGCUUUGCUAUGCAAUUCUUCUAUUGUGACUGGUGACCAUAUUCCUUUAUCACAGUUCCCUACCGUGACUUUGCCAAAUGGAGAAGAGAGAACAAAGAGAAUUGCUUAUCUCGCAGAAGUACGCAAUAGGGUGCUUAGGCCGCUAGACCCGUCGUAUAAUCCUGGAAAUGGCGCCAAUGGUUUUCGGCGUACCUCGACCAAAUUCGACAAAGUUCUUUUUCUAAACGACGUCUACUUUUCCCCGAUUGAUGCCGUUCAGCUCUUGUUUUCGACUAACGCGGACCCCGGGGGCCGUGCUAGGUAUCGUGCAGCAUGUGCCGUCGACUUUAUCUCCCCAGUCAAGUUUUAUGACACGUUUGUCGUAAGAGACGCUGAAGGGCAUAGCAUUGGAACACCAUUCUUCCCUUGGUUCUCCACUGCAGGCGAAGGUCAGAGUCGAGAGGAUGUGCUUGCGGGAAAGGAUAGUGUGCCUGUUCGCAGCUGCUGGGGAGGAAUGGCAGCCUUCGAUGCUAAGACGUUUCAGCGGCCACAGAGUUCAGAGACUCAUGAGCUUUUACUUCCGUUCCGACACGAUCCUGAGCCAUUUUGGGAAGCUGCGGAAUGUUGUUUGAUAUUUGCAGAUAUAGAACAGCACCUGGGUACCCCUGAUCCCGAGAAGGCCUCAGGGGUAUUCAUCAAUCCUUAUAUUCGUGCCGCUUAUUCACGUAGGACGUGGGAAUGGCUCCUUUUCGUUCGGAGAUACGAACGGAUAUUCAACAAUUUCCAGCGCAUUGGAAGUGCGUACGGCUAUCCGAGGUAUAACCCUCGUCGACUACAUGAGCCCGGACAGCUUGUCAAGCAAAAGGUUUGGGUAACUGAUGCCCAAAAACCACUAAAGGGUUCAUAUCAAGAGUUUGAGAGGCUGGCUUCGGCCGGAGGAUUCUGUGGAGAAAGGACAAUGUUCGUUAUGCAACGGGAUGUUGCAAAGGCGAAUACUAACGGCGGCGGCAAGAACUGGAAGGAAAUCCAGGCUCCUUGA